AUUCAUAGAUACAUUGUUCUCGCCGCUAUGCGAACAAACUUUGUCAACGGGGAGGACAAACAGCUUCUAUCCCUCGCCUAUGAGUGUGAGGCUGCGGGGAGGCGCAUUUCAUGGAAAGACCGCGCGAGCAGGAUGCGGAGGAAACGUCACCCUGGUGAACUGGAGCAGAGGCUACGAGCGUUGAAGCGCACCUACGGGAAAGACAUUGCGCGAUUUCCACGGUGUUUACGACCCAGAGCGGCGAUUGAAGACACCCAGUCCGUUAAGCCUUCUAUAUGUACUCCCCUACUUGCUAGUCAAGCUGAAAUGGCCAUCCAAGACAUCUACAGUAGUGUUUCUGCAGCCGACAUUCGCCAAGAAGCUGGAAAGACGGACGAGAAUGCUGGUGAAAUGCUGCCCGCGGCAGUCACAAGUAUCUUACAGAUGAUAGGAGAGGCAUCGAGAAACGGCAUGACGUUGUUAGCGCUGGAGCGAGAUGCGUACAGUCGCAUGCGUCUCUGUUUGGUCAUCUACGGAAAGUACUAG